CAGAGGGUGUGAUGCAAUUGCUGAGCUUGCGGAGGCCAAAUCGAGCGUACACCUCCCAAAUAUUUUAAAGAGGGCUCUAUAGCUCCGCAUUGACAUGAUUGGUUGACGUUAGGUGGAGGCGGAAGGCCUGUAUAAACACAAACCCACUUCCUUAACAACAGCUCUGCUCCACGAAACGCAUGAAGUAUGAAUGCCCUGACUUCUGCAGAGGCCGUAUGACAGCAUUUCAAGUCACACCUGUACAUUAAAGCCGAUUUAUGCUUGAUAUGGCCAUGUGGCCCGAAGACUGUAUGGAGAGUUGUGUACCGAAUCGCCGUGCGCCUCCCAAAUGUUUUAACAAUGCGGAUGGCUCCGUAUAGCUCUGCAUUGACAAGAUUGGUUGACAAUUUAUGGUCAUUAAAAGCCAAUGUAUGGUCAUUCAAGCAUCGAAUUGGCCAUACAGUAUUUACUGCAAUGUGGCCUCUACAUAAGUCAGGGCAUUCAUACUUCUUGCACUUCGAGAAGCAGAGUUUAAGGAAGUGUGUUUGUGUUUAUACAUGACGCACUGCCCCCACCUACCUUCAACCAAUCAUGUCAGUGCGGAGCUAUAUGGAGCCCUACACAUUGUUACAACAUUUGGGAGGCGCACCGUGAUGUGGUAGAGCUUGAUUUGGCCUCCGUUAACUGGACCAGAUUACAUCAAGCAUAAAUCGGCCUUAGUCAAACGCGUAUGUUAACUCCGUAUUAACGUUGAGGUUUACAGUUUUAGCGGACUUUUCUUAGCGGAUUUACAAUCAUCGCGAAUUGAAUUAUGGGGCGUUUCAGGCCCGACGUGAACAUAAUUGUACACUCGCAAACUCCAUUAGAAACGAGGGCUCAGGGGCUUAAAUUGCAAACUUUCCUUGCUUGGCUAAUCAUUUGGACCGACGACAAAUAUGGCUGCGGCGAUUCCCCAAGGGCAUAUGACGAGGGUGUGUCUUUUAAGUGUUUGGACUGCAACCUAAGUAUUUGACAGUUCCAUAAGAAUUUAUGUCAGGAACUAAGAGGGGCAGCUAAAAUGGGUCCUUCGUUCUUACGUCCUCAGAUGCACUGACACAAAAAACGUGGGUUAUGUGAACGAUGAAGUAGUUGUGAAACAGCUAGCUAGCUAGCUAUACAAUACCAAAUUAUUAUCUUUUUGUAAUUGAUAAAGUAGUAUAACAUCAGUCGGGAAACUCGGCACCGUAGGGACACCUUGAAGGGCACAACACGUCAGUAGACACCACACACCGAAGAAAUGUCCUCAGUCAAGGAGGAAGGUAAGGACCGUGUCAUCUUUGUGACUAAGGAGGACCAUGAAACACCGAGCAACGCUGAGCUGGUGGAGGAGGAUCCUGAUGACCCCUAUGAAGAACGAGGUCUGAUCCUGCCCAAUGGGGAGAUCAACUGGAACUGCCCCUGUCUGGGAGGGAUGGCCAGCGGUCCCUGUGGAGCAUCGUUUAAGGAGGCCUUCUCCUGUUUCCACUACAGCAAGGAGGAGGUGAAGGGCUCAGAGUGCCUGGAGCAAUUCAGGGGCAUGCAGGAGUGUAUGCAGAGAUACCCAGAACUCUACCCCCAGGAGGACGACAAGGAGACCCAGGGAGGGCCAUCUGAAAUAGAUCCCUCCAAACAAGACUCUGCCCCUGAACCAACCGCUACCCCUACACUUGCAGCCCCUGUACAAGACUCUAGCACUUCCACUGCCCCUGCUGACACCCCACCACCCUCAAACAGCUCAGACUGAGCACGAUUCACAACAAGCCCUUUCUAUGGAUGUGUUAAGGUGAUCCUUUUUGUAUCAAUUAUUUAAACUGAUAAAUGAACGUGUUGACUAUUCCCCCCCCCCCACUCUAACCCAGAUCAGGUUUUGCUCAUAGAAUAAAAGAGACUUGUAGAGGGAGAAGGGUAAGAAAAAAGAUGGGAUAACUUGACUCUAGGUGUGUGUAUAUUUAUCUCUUUUUGCUCCUUCAGGAAAAAAAUAAGACCAUGUGCUGUGCUAUCCUUUGCCAUUACUCAUGUUCUGUUUUUGUAUUGAUUGUUCUCUUUACUAUAAAGUCCAUUAGUAAUUGCUUUUUGUAUUUUAAAAAUGUAAUUUCUACUUUUUCUUUAUUUUUCCAUUUGUCUUAUAUAUUUAAUUCACACCUGGUUUUUCAUUUUUAUUUUCCAAUUUUUUCAGAUUCUGUGGGUGCCUUGCAAAAGUAUUCAGACCCCUUGGACUUCCUCACAUUUUGUUGUCUUACAAAGUGAGAUUAAAAUUGAUUUAAUUCUC